AUGAGAAAGUUUGCUGCGGCAACAAACAACGUUUGACAGCAGACGACAGAAGCAAGCGGAUUUACGCGUUCGUUUAAGUUGUUCUCGAGAAAGGACAAUCCUGCCAUGCCUGUCCGCGCCGCCGGCCUCGUCGUGUUCCGACGCGUGGCCAACGAGAUCCAGUACUUGAUGAUGCAGACGUCGUACGGCGAGCACCACUGGACGCCUCCCAAAGGCCACGUCGAUCCCGGUGAAAAUGAUCUCCAAACUGCGCUGCGAGAGACUGAGGAGGAAGCUGGCUUAAAAGACACUCAAUUCAAGAUCGUCGAAAGCUUCAGGAAAGAGCUUCAUUAUCCAGUGAAGGGGAAGCCCAAGGUGGUCGUUUAUUGGCUGUCCGAACUCUUGGAUCCGAAGACGGAAGUGAAGCUUUCGAAGGAACACCAAGCCUUCGAGUGGGCAGAGAUCAACAGGGCAUGCGAGCUGGCUAAGUAUCAAGAUCUUCAGGAUCUCUUGAAAGAGUGCCAUUCAUUCCUACAAACCAACUAAAAUGAGAGGGAGAAAAUAAAAUUUUCAAGACUGUUUA